AUAAAGCUAACGUAUACUCGUCGAUGAUUUAAAUAAACGAACCGCAAUCGGUUUGUCGCGUCGCGAGUUUGUUCCGGAAGUGCCGUUUAAGUAAUAGGACUUAAUUAGUCCUCGGGCGCAAUUUUCGUGUACUUAAUCCGAGUGUUCCGCGAGUGCAACGAGACGAGGAGGCUCAACAACCCGGAUGUGAGAAGUGAUGGUCUGGGGAGGUGAGGAGAAGCAUCGAGCUCCAGCGGAGCAACUUUGAGUAUCAUCGCAAAUUUGUGGCUGAAUAACUCCGCUCCGUUGCGUAUCAGAUCUUAUCAUCAGACAUGACAAACCAACAAUCCAGAUGUUCUGAGAGGAGGAGGAGGUCUGGGAAAGGCGGGACUCAGCGGAGCAACUUUGGGUAUCAUCGCAGGUUUUGUGGCUGAUUAACUCCGCUCGUUGCGCAUCGGGUCGUUGUGUAGAGCUUGAAAUUGACACCAAAAUGGGUAUGACGAACGCACAAACCAAUUCGGAACGCGCACACGAUGAGGCUCACUCGAGAGGAAGUACGAUCGACGCAUUCUUCGCCGGGACGGUGAUCCUUUUAACCGGCGCUACGGGCUUCUUAGGGAAAGCCCUUCUGGAAAAGCUGCUGCGCUCGUGUCCCGUGGCCGCAAUUUUCGUUCUGAUCCGUCCGAAAAGAAACAAAUCCAUCGAGCAACGUUUCGAGGAGCUGCUGAAUGAUCCCGUUUUCGACAGGAUACGAUCAGAGUUUCCGGGCACCUUGAACAAGGUCUUCCCCGUGAAAGGCGACGUGGGCAUGCCGGAACUGGGACUCCAGCCCGCAGACAGGGAUAUGCUUUUACAGAGUGUCAAUAUUGUAUUUCAUAGCGCGGCCACCGUGCGUUUCAACGAGCCGCUGAAAAUCGCCGUUAAUCUGAACACGAUGGGCACCGAUCGUAUGUUGGACUUGUGCAGGCGCAUGACAAACCUGAUUAGCGUUAUCCAUGUCAGUACGGCGUACAGUAAUGCUGAUCGACGGGAGAUUGAGGAAUCGAUUUACAUUACGGAGGUCAAGCCGCAUACGGUGGUCGAUAUGUGCGAAAACUUGGACGACGAAACGUUAGGAAUAAUAGAGAAAAGAUUAAUCGGCGAUCAUCCGAAUACAUAUACGUUAACUAAAGGCUUAGCGGAGCAGAUCGUAAUGACUAAAGGAAGAGGUUUACCAAUUGCAAUUGUACGGCCAAGUAUAGUCUGUGCCGCAAACCAAGAACCUUUUCCAGGGUGGAUAGACAACGCUUGUGGUAUUACAGGUAUAAUGACGGAGAUUAGUAGAGGUACUGUUAGAAGUAUCGUGUGUGACGCAAAUUUAAUAGUAGACAUUGUACCUGUCGAUUUUGUGGUCAAUACGUUAAUCUGCGCAUCUUGGCAUAAUUUUGUGCAACGUACCGACACAAUAAAGAUUUAUAAUUGUACUAGCAGCACAGUGCAUCCUAUUACAUGGGGUGAAUUUGGAUAUCUUGUCAGAAAACACGCUAUAGAAGCUCCAUCGAAAUAUGUGAUGUGGUAUCCAGGUUUCACAUUUAGGACAAACAAAUUUAUUCACACUAUUAUUUCGGCUACAUUACACUUUUUACCUGCAUUCAUCGUAGAUCUUAUAUUAAGAGUCCAAGGCUGCGAACCCAUAAUGUUGAAGCUUACCAAGCGGUUCGAACGCGCCGCCAAAACCGGGGAAUUCUUCGCGACGAAUGAAUGGAAGUUUUAUACGGAUAACAUGACAAAACUAGUGAAAUUUGUAAGCACGCAGGAAAGCUGCAAAAGCUUCGACAUGAAUAUUAAAAAUAUGGAUUGGGAUAUGUAUUUACAUCAGUACAUGUUGGGAAUCCGGAAGUACAUCCUGAAAGACAGUUUGGACUCGUUAAAUAACGCUCGAAGACGAUUAGCGAAGUUGUACUGGAUGCACGAGUGCACCAAAAUACUCAGUAUUGGAUUCGCGUUAUUAGGAAUGAUCAAGUGCGCCGGUCGGUGAUGUCAUCGAGAGUCUCUGAAUCUGAAUCGCGAUCCGCACGAUCCAUGAAAUACCACACAAGUACUGUGAAAGGAAAUAUUACAAGAAGACGUGAGAUUCACGCUUCAAAGAUUAAAACUUGAAAACCUUGUCAAGUACUAAUACACUAACUAAAUUCAAUACUAUAACGGGAGGAAAAUUGUUUUGAAAAAUAUAUUGGAUGCAGAGAUUAAAAUCUGAAAACCUUGUCAAGUACUAAUACACUAAUUAAAUUCAAUAUUAUAACAGGAGGGAAAGUAUUUUGAGAAAUAUAUUGAACGCAGGGUGCUAUAAAUACAGUAUAACUUUCAUUUAAGAAACAUUUCUUUAUGCAUACUUUACAAUAUUAAAUUAACUUUGCAGAGCUGUUUCGACUUCCUAAUCGUAUAAGCAACACGUAAAAAACUACGUGUCCGUUUUCAACCGUAUAAUCAAUGUAUUCAAAGUCCGUCAAGUGAUAGAGUUAGAGACAAGGACUUGCAAAUGCUUCUUUGUAAAUUUGCAUCGAAACAUCUCUUCUGCCAAUAGAGUAUUCAUGUUGUCAUUAUUGCUUCAUUAAAGAAUAGUAAUAUUGUGAGCGAUUAGAUGCAAAAUAUUUUUGAUGGUACGUCAAGAAAAUGAAGGUCUGAAUUCCUUACCAAAUAAUCAACAAAUAUGUUUGUAUCUAGUUUAUUGCGAACUCUUAUGAUGUUAAAAUAUUAAGGUAAAUUCCCAAGCGCCCACAAACAUAUCGAGCUCAUCAUGUUACGCGCAUAUGCGCAUAUGCGAAUUAAAGUAAUAAAGAAUAAUAUAAUACGAAAAAAUUAAAGCUUUUAAAUAUAACGUUACUUGCGAAGACUGAAUCAAAAAUAAUAUAUUCUAAACUGAUAUAUUCAAAAAAACAGAGGACCUAUACUAUUGCCUUAUUAUCAAUAUCAGAACAAAAUUAUUUAUGCUAAUUCAGAGAUAUUAUAAUAAACAUGAUUAAAUUAAUAAAUUAUAUUUAUAUCAUUCUUAAGAACGGAUAAAUUUGUUCGUAAUGAGAAGGAAAAAGCAGAAUAUUUUUUAGAUUUUCAUGUAAAAAAUAAUUACCAUUUAUCUUUUUGUGAAACUGAAUGAGGAAUUAUAGAUAGAUAAUUAUGAUAGAGCAAUUGUAACAAAUUGUAACAAGAGCUGAUUACAGUUUUAGGGUAUUUAUCAAGGAAAAUCGAAAUAAUCUAAAAUUUUUAGGGAAUUUUUUUCUUACCCUUGAAAAUCAUGGAUUUUCAUAGAAUUUUAUUAAUAUUCAGAGAAAUGUUUGAAAUUUUAUUUUUAAAUUUUCUUUGUGUUGCUCUAUCUCUUUCGCGAUGGUUGAUUUUUUCUGCGAGGAUGGGACAGACGACAACUUUACCCCACUCGGCUGAUCGGAAUCAUGACCAUGAUAACACAAACGGACGUGAAAGACUCGACCGGAGGACCCUCCUCUGCCUCCAAUUUGUCGGCUUUGUUCGACAAGGAAUUUGUCUUGAAUGUGUCAAGGGUAAAUGCUCUAAGGUGAUCUACAAAUGAUCACUGCGACUGUGUCUCUAAAUUACUUUCCGCAAGUAAAUCUAAAGUCUCAAAUUGACUAAAAUCUCAAAUUGAGGCGGCCCUUCGAGUAUGUAGGGAGACGUCUGUUGAGUUAUCUACAGCUUAUUUAGGUCUCUUAGAUUCCAGCGCAUAGUCCUUUAACGCUGAUAUUAGCAUCAUUGUGAAAGACGUUCUGUCGGAGGCAUAGCGCUGUUGGUAAAUGCGGAUGUUCUGUCUCGCAGAUGCCAGGGAAUCUCACGGGUGCAGUAUGCGUCUGUGGCAGACUCCGGAUGUGCUGCGGGUGGCUUAUCUUCAGGCGUCUCAAGGACCACGAACAUCAUUGUUGUUCCAAACGACAACUCGGUGGUAACACUCGUUUCGUCGAAGGAUACAAGAGAAGCUCUGCAGAAAGCGAUAAAACCAUCCGAUUUCAACUGGAGAGUUAAAAGCUUAACACUUGCAAAGAAUAACGGUGUUCAUAUAAAAACUCUGUCUGUAGAUUUGCAGAAGAUGAAAGACUCAAUCGAACUAAAUCGAGCUGGACUCAAACUUUGAAGGAAAAUAAAGUCAAUUCUAGGAUUCUAAUUUAAGGCAUACCCUUUGAUUGACUUUGUUCCUACUUGAUAGACACAAGGCAGGUUCUGUGCGACCCUAUAACUCGUCAGCGAAACGGAGACGAAGGGAGACGUCAGCGAAAAGAGCAGUCAGAUCCGAGGUAUCACAAGAUUCUGUCCUCGGAUCUCUUCUUUUCGUUCUCUACUUGAAGGAUUUUAACUCAAUACCAUUGCAUCACAACUAUAAUUUUUAUGCGGACGAUUUGCUCAUUUAUUUGUGCACGGAACCUAAGUAUCUCCCUGAAGCAAUCCAUCUUGUGAAUGAAGACAUUAACAGAAUAACCAAUUGGGCAACCGCCAACAAGCUCGCUCUUAAUCCUAGCAAGACGAAGGCCAUGGGUAUCUCCAGAUUCAUCAGCGGAAUGAACUGAGAUGUGUUGCUUCGGAUCCAAAUCAACGAUUCAGUAAUUCCUUUUAGUGAUACUGUGCAAUACCUGGCAGCUCAUCUCUCCUGGGAGCAACAAGUCUUUAAAACGUCAGCCAAAUCGUAUACAUCACUCCACCAACUUAAACUCUGUAAACAUUUAUUACUGCCUCUUCUGAGACAACGGCUUGUUUCGACUUUGAUUGCUUCUCCUAUUCGAUUAUUGUUGUAAUUGCUCUCAUUGACAUCUCUGGUGGGCAUAAUCUUCAUCAAUAAAGAUCCUUGAACUCCUGUGUUUGGUUCAUCUUUCAGAUGAGACAUGAGCAAAUCACUUCCUUUUACAAGAGAUUAGAGUGGCUGAAAAUAAAAGCUAUAAGUUUGGAUUUUAUUGUCUGUCUGGCCCUUUUUCUCCUGCACAAAUAAAAUCCAAAAUAACAUCUUUUCCAAAUUUGUGGGCAGGGGUGAUUGGUCUUUGCGGGAUACGAGGACAUCUAACAACUCUUUAGUUAUGCUGCAGUGUCGCAUUGUAUUUUAUGGGAAUUCUUUUGAGUGCUUCGCCGUAGAAUUGUGGAAUAGCUUCCUUGCCGAAUUGCGUCUCGCGCCUUCCCUCGACACAUUCAAAUGGUCUUACAUCUUUUAUGCAGAAAUGAAUGAUACUUGCAUAUUAUGUCUAUUUUGUAUACUCCUAAGCAUUUUUAGACUUAAUUGUAUCAAAUACUGUGAAAAACUUCGUAUAGAAGUUCAACGCUUGAGGGGACGUAGUAGUCCCAGAACGUUUAAUAAAUGGCGAUUUCUCUUUUUCUUUCUUUCUCUCUCUGUCUCUCUCUCUCUCUCUCUCUCUCUCUCUCUCUUUCUGGCAAAAUUUUUUAAUCAUUUUUUUUUUUAAUAUCAAUAAUCGAUUAGUAAUAAAUGUGGUAUACACACUCAUGUGCAUUUAGAAACAUUCUUAUGUGAAUUAAAAAUUUUUAUAAAAAAAUCAAUGGCAAUAGAAGACAAUAUAUUAUUCUAAAUUAAUGUGAUGUGUUCAACUUUAUUUUUUUUAACUUUUUAUUUAACUUUUUGAAUUCUAUAUUUUUAGUGAAUUAGAUCCGUGUAUUGCGAACAGAUCGUUGUAUACGAUUUAGUUUAUGUUAUUUUUUCUUAAUAUUUUGUCAAAUUUAAUAUUUAAAAUUUAAAUGGUUUUUUUAUGAUUGUAUGAUUAAGGAUUGAAAAGCGCAUCUAAAAUAAUUCUGUUUCAAAGCUGCAUUAAAAAAUUCUGUAAUUUUACCUGAAAUAAAACUUCUGGAAAAUCUAGGAAUUCUCAGAGAAUUCUUUUAUAAAAUUGAAACAAACGUCUUGAGUUAUAGUGAAUUUAUUACGCUGACAAAAUAGUCCAGGGACUAAGCAAAUUCUCUUGAAAAGUACCGUGACAUACGUUAUAUUUAUAUUAUGGUGAAUAAAUAUCAAUAUAUUCGCAUAUAUGUAUAUAUUUGUGGUUUGAUUUCUAUGUAGAACAUUAAUGUACAACUUUUUUUUUUAAAAAGAGAAGUGUCUUUCGUAAUAUGUAGUUUAUACAUAUUUGCUACUUUUUCAUUUUUAUUUGUGACUUGUAACAAAAAUACGUAUUACGUUAGUAGACAAAUUAUUGUUGAAUAAAAAGAAACUAUUCAUGCGCAAAAUGUGGGAUCGACAUCAUGAUUUUUUUAUUCUCAAGAAUAUUUAACGCGUGUCAAGCGAGUACUUAAAUUACUUUCUUUGCGUGUCAUAAGUAAGCAUAGAUAAACUAAUGGAAUACGUUUUAUUAAGCAAUGUCAUAACUAUGUUUUUAUAUACAUUAAUGUGUAUAUUGUAUACUGUUAUCAUGUUUCAAACUUGUACAAGACUUGUAAUUACAUAAGCCAUAUUUAUAAUUAA